UAGUGGGCUUCUCACAUGGCUUUGACCAGGGUCGUACCACCAUGCCUUUUCCUAGCCAAUCAGUGGAGGGGUAGCAAGGCUGAGGUGGGCAGAGCGCCUUGGUCUCCUGAAGAGAAAGGAAGCCAUAGUGGUGUUAGAACCCAGGAGGUGCAGGCCGAGGGCUGCUGUGUGGUUUCCAACAACUGUGACUCCAUUUUCGUGAAUGGGAAGGAAAUGAAGAGUAAAGUGGACACAAUAGUGAAGUUCACCUACCAGCACUUCACCUCCCAGGUGGAAAUCACUGUCUGGGCGCCCCGACUCCCCUUGCAGAUUGAGAUCUCAGACACAGAGCUGAGCCAGAUCAAGGGUUGGAGGAUCCCGGUGGCCUCCAACAGAAGGCCCACCCGGGAAAGCGAAGACAAGGAGGAUGAGGAGAAGAAGGGACAAGGCUGCUCCCUGCAGUACCAGCAUGCCCUGGUGCGCGUCCUCACCCAGUUUGUGACCCAGUCUCUAACCUACAUGUUGGGCCCAGACAGGCAGUUUGACAUCACUGACCUCGUGACAGAGUUCAUGAAGGUGGAGGAGCCCAGAGUCGCCCAGUUACAGGAUGGCAGGACCCUGGUUGGUCGGGAGCUGGGAAUCACCACUGUUCAGACAGUGUUUGUCCUGGAUGACCGCGUCACCAUCGUGGAGCUGGGCGUGCAGCUGGUGGCUGGCUUGUCCCUCUCCCUGCAGCCUCACAGGGUGGACCGAAGGGUCAUCGUCUCCACAGUGGCUGCCCAGGAUGUCCUCCAGGCCCCACAGCAGGAAGCCAUAGUCAGUUCUUGGAUUUUGUUCAGUGAUGGCUCCAUGACACCUUUAGACAUUUAUGAUCUCUAGGAUUUUUCCAUAACUGUCUCAUCAUUGGAUGAAAUGGUGCUGUCUGUCCAGCCAAACUUGCUGUCCCAGUGGCCAGUUGUGGUUGCAGAGGGUGAAGGACAAGGGCCCCUGAUAAAGUUGGAGAUGAUGAUCAGUGAGCCUUGCCAGAAGACCAAGAGGAAGAGUGUUCUUGCUGUGAGUAAAGGAAUCGUCAAGGUCAGGUUUGCACUAGGCAUCUAGGCGCAGCACCGAGGAGGCAGCAAUGACAUUGAGGGCGUGAACUGGGAAUACAAAGAUCACCUGAGCAACUCCAUGGAGUGGGGAGGGAGCCAGGAGCGAGCAGUCCAGGAGUGGCUCCAGCGUGAGGGCCCUGCUUGCCCAGAGGACAGGACCAACAGGAGCACAACCCUG